AUGCUCAGGACUGUCUUGGAUGCUCCUCAGGGGUUACUGAAGAAGGGGAGAGAGUCCCCGAAGCUGGUGCUGCUGGUGGUGUUUGUUGCUCUGCUCCUGGACAACAUGCUGCUCACGGUGGUGGUGCCCAUCGCGCCCACCUACCUCUAUGCCAUAGAGUUCAAAGACAUCAGUGGUUCUCUAUAUCUCGGCUCCACCACAACUUCCUGGCCUGCCCUCACUCCCACCUUUUCCACUAUCUUCUCCUUCUUUGAAAACAAAACUGUGGCUAUUGAAGAAAGUGUGCCCAAUGGCAUAACAAGGACAAGUGGCAUUUCUGGCACCAUCUCCCCUCCAGUCACUGAAGCCAUCCCAGCACAUGGAAACAACUGCUUUCAAGCCACAGAAUUCCUGAAGGAAGAGAACAUAUGGAUCGGGGUUCUAUUUGCUUCUAAGGCUCUGAUGCAACUUCUGGUCAACCCCUUCACGGGACCUCUUACCAAGAAGAUCGGAUAUCACAUCCCCAUGUUUGCUGGCUUUGUUAUCAUGUUUAUCUCCACAGUUUUGUUUGCCUUUUCUGGUACCUAUACUCUGCUUUUUGUGGCCCGAACUCUUCAAGGCAUUGGAUCUUCAUUUUCAUCUGUUGCAGGUCUUGGGAUGCUGGCCUGUGUCUACACUGAUGACCAUGAGAGAGGGCGGGCCAUGGGAAUUGCUUUGGGGGGCCUGGCCUUGGGAGUGCUGGUAGGGGCUCCCUUUGGAAGUGUGACAUAUGUGUUUUGGGGGAGGACUGUACCCUUCCUCAUCUUGGCCUUCCUGGCUUUUCUGGAUGGAGCACUCCAACUCUGCAUCCUACAGCCUUCUAAAGUCUCUCCUGAGAGUGCCAAGGGGACUCCACUCCUCACGCUUCUCAGAGACCCUUAUAUCUUGGUGGCUGCAGGCUCCAUCUUCUUUACCAAAAUGGGGGUGGCCAUGCUGGAGCCCACACUGCCUAUCUGGAUGCUGCAGACCAUGUGUGCCCCUGAGUGGCAGCUAGGUCUAGCCUUCUUGCCCGCCAGCGUGUCCUACCUCAUUGGUACCAGCCUCUUUGGCGUGCUGGCCAACAAGAUGGGUCGGUGGCUCUGCGCCCUCCUUGGGAUGUUGGCAGUAGGUACCAGCUUGCUUUGUGUUCCUCUGGCUCAUGAUAUUUUUGGUCUCAUUGGCCCUAAUGCAGGGCUUGGCAUUUCCAUAGGCAUGGUGGAUUCCUCUAUGAUGCCCGUCAUGGGACACUUGGUGGACCUGCGCCAUGCCCUGGUCUAUGGCAGUGUCUAUGCCAUCGCUGAUGUGGCUUUUUGCAUGGGCUUUGCAGUAGGUCCGUCCACCAGGGGUGCCAUUGUGAGGGCCGUUGGCUUCCCCUGGCUCAUGGUCAUCAUUGGGGUCACUGACAUCAUCUACGCUCCUCUCUGCUACUACUUGAGAAGCCCCCCUGCCAAGGAGGAAAAGCUCGCGGUUCUGAGCCAGGACUGCCCCGUGGAGACCCGGGUGCACGCAGCCGAGAAGCACACAAGGCCGUUGCCUCGGGCGGACAGCGAUGGGGAGCCUGGCUGUGAGGACCAGCUGCAGAAACCGGCCCCCGGACCUUGUCACAUGAGGCUCAGACUUCAGUGA